UGUAAACAAAGUGCAAGGAAGAACAAGGCAGGUUAAAGGAGCAGAGCUGAGGAGGAGGAGGCUGUGUUUAGGCUGUGAUGAAGCUCCUGCUGCACGGAUACUGCUCUGAUAUCAAGACACUGGGUGGUCCUGGCUCUCACUGACUUUGGCUUUUAACACAAACGGCUGAGGAGCCCUGUCUGCUCACUGAGCUAAUCUACUAUACUGCACCUGGAAACUGCUCUGCUUCAACAAACAUCCCUUGAAAAGGAGAGGAAGCCAUGGCACAGGCGACCACCAGCUCCAGGGUGUUCCUGAGUGGUGUUGUGGAAGGCUUUUAUGGACGGCCAUGGACUAUGGAGCAGAGGAAGGAGCUGUUUAGAAGAGAGCAGAAAUGGGGGUUGAACACGUACCUGUAUGCCCCAAAAGAUGACUACAAACACAGGAUGUACUGGAGAGAGCUCUACACCUCUGAGGAGGCAGAGCAACUGAUGACCCUCAUCUCUGCUGCUAAAGAGCAUAAUGUGGAAUUCAUCUAUGCCAUCUCACCCGGGUUGGAUAUCACAUUCUCCAACCCUAAAGAGGUGGCAGCUCUGAAGAGGAAACUAAGCCAGGUGUGCACAUUUGGCUGCAGGUCCUUUGCUCUGCUUUUUGACGACAUUGAGACAGAAAUGUGUCCUGCUGAUAAAGAGGCCUUCAGCUCCUUCGCUCAUGCGCAGGUGGACGUCACCAACCAGGUGUUCCAGCACCUGCAGGAGCCACAGUGUUUUCUUUUCUGCCCAACAGAUUACUGUGCUGCAUUCUGCACCCCAUGUGUGAGCCAGUCUGCAUACCUACACACUGUUGGGGAAAAACUUCUUCCUGGAGUUGAUAUUCUCUGGACGGGCCCUAAAGUGGUGUCUAAUGAGAUUUCCGUGGAGUCGAUAGAGGAGGUGUCCCGUGUUCUCAGAAGGCCACCCGUGAUUUGGGAUAACAUCCACGCAAACGAUUAUGACCCCCAACGGCUGUUCUUGGGACCCUUUAAGAACCGGCCUACAGAGCUCAUUCCUAAGCUCAGAGGAGUGCUCACCAACCCCAACUGUGAAUUUGAGCCGAACUUUGUGGCUAUUCAUACACUAGCCACCUGGUGCAAGUCCACUGCUGGCCAGAAAGACGUUUCCAUGGAUGGAGAGGACCAGGGAUCAGACUACAACCCCCAGGAGGCUUUGCAGCUGGCGCUGAGAGAUUGGCUGAUUGAGUUUGGUGUGGCAGAUCAACCUGAUGUGUCCCGUGCAGGCAGUGGCCGUGCCAAGCGAGAGCAAUCUGAAGAGGAGCCCAUGCAGACAGACGAGUACAUCCCCAGCUCUCGAGAGAAUCCACUGUACACAGCCGAGCCGCUGACCCUGGAGGACCUGACGCUGCUGUCCGAGCUUUUCUACCUUCCCUACGAGUACGGCCCCACGGCCCUCACCAUGCUGACGGAGCUCAACUGGCUUCGUGGGAACAGCGGCGCCGCUGUGUUUGGCUCCACAGCACCUGAGAACAGCAAGGCCAAAGAAUGGCGAGAGAGGGCGGAGCACUUUGAUGAAAUGUGUGCUGCAGUGGUCCAGAUGUUUAACAGGCUGUCAAACGCGCCCAACAGAACCAUUCUGUACGACCUUUACAACUACAUCUGUGACAUUAAGAGCGGCGUGUCCUUAGCCAAAGCGUUUGUCAACAGUUUGGGAGGUCGUAAUCCUCCUCCCUCUCAGGUUAUAAAUGAUGAUCCAGAGCCGUGGGGCUUCAGAGGGGGACUUUCUGGAGAGUUCCAGAGAAUGCUUCCAUGCCAUGGGAACCGGGAUCUUUACCGAAUUCCUCCAGCGACUAGAGUGUAUACCAUUCGGCCGUGCACUCCAAAAGACAAGCCUGAGGUACUGAGGCUAACCAAAGAGAUGCAGAGCGAGUCACUGCAGCAAACUGUGUUAAUUGGUGACAGGCUUGUGGAUGGUCAGCUUUCCCCAUCUAAACACUGUGACCUGGUGAUGGAGGAUGAGGAAGGGCUUUGUGGCUUCGCUUUUGCCCUCACUGAUGCCAAGUCAGCCAUGACCAAAUCCCAGUAUCCUGAAACAAUGCUGAGAGAUUAUCCCUCCCUCAUGGCUGUUCAAAUCCAUCCAAGACUCCCGGACACCAGCACUGCCAAGCGCCUGAUCAGCACUGUGCUUUCUGUGCUGAAGGAGAGCGGCUCCAGUGGGGUAUUUUGUGAAUUCAGAUCAGGAGACAAGAGAAUGCUGAAUUUCCUCAGAACGCUGGGAUUACUCCAUGUGCUCAAAGUGGAGGGACUGCAGCCCGGCCUCGUCCUCAUGGGAACAAAACUAUAGACACCUGAGUUCAUUCAUAUAAAUAAUUCAAUGUUUUACUUUGGGAAAUAAUGUGAUUGUGUUGAGAACUAGAAUGUGUUUAAUAGUUUAACUUGAUUUAAACAUGGGCGGAUGAUUAAGAGUGGGUUUGAUUCUGAUUAUUUUUGCACAUAGAUGAUGAUAAACUGGAGAAUACAGUAAACAAACAGUAUACUUCAAUGUCUUCUGUUAAGAACUAAUGUACAUGAAAGCUUGUGAUGUGCAAAUGCUGCUAUUUUGUUAACAAUAUAUUUGGCAAAAAAAAAUAUGGACAAGACACAUUUUUUCUGACCAACAAGCACCUUCAUUUUAAUUGUUUAUUGGCCAAGACCAAGAGUAUUAAAUAUUUUAAUCAGGGAUGCACCAAAAUUAUUUUUGUUCAGAUGUUCAUUCAUUUUGCCACUUUUUUCCACCAUUGCAUAAUAAACGACAUACCAACAAUGCACAAAAUGACUGAAAAAAAUAAAAGUAAUUGUUCGAUAUAAAUUACUUGGUCUUUUCACAAACACUGAAAGUGCACCUCAUUUUGAUUGCAGAAUAUUUGGUGCAUCCCUAAUUCUGAUCCCUGAUGGUCACAACUCAAAACGAGUCACAUUCAGAACAGAUGUGCAUUUCAGUCACACAAUUCUCUAAAACGGAGAAUUAAAACAGGAAUAAAUCACUCCCUGUAGAGUUGAGGAAUUUAAAAUAUUAAAAUAUCUGAAUUAAAUAAACACAUUUAAAUCUC